AUGCUGGAGAACAACAUCACUCUGGUUAGUGAGUUCAUCCUGGUGGGUUUCCCCACUGCCCCAUGGCUACAGGUCCUGCUCUUCUUCCUCUUCCUUGUGGUGUACCUGCUGGUGAUCACAGAGAAUCUCAUCAUCAUGGUCACCGUUUGGGUCACUGGCUCUCUCCAUAAGCCCAUGUACUACUUCCUGUGUAGCUUGUCUUUCCUGGAGGCCUGGUAUGUGUCUGUCACAGUCCCCAAGAUGCUGGAUGGCUUUCUGCUGCAGAGGCGCCACAUCUCCUUCACGGGCUGCAUGACUCAGCUCUACUUCUUCAUCUCGCUUGCCUGCACAGAGUGUGUGCUCCUGGCAGCCAUGGCUUAUGACCGCUAUGUGGCUAUCUGUCACCCUCUCCAAUACCCAGUCAUCAUGACCACGGGCUACUGUGUACAGCUGAUGGCUUUCUCCUAUAUGAGUGGCUUUACAGUUUCUGUCAUCAAAGUCUAUUUCAUUUCUCAUGUUGCUUUCUGUGGCUCAAAUGUCAUGAACCACUUCUUCUGUGACAUCUCACCAAUUCUGAAGCUGGCCUGCAAAGACAUGUCCACAGCUGAGUUAGUGGACUUUGCCUUGGCCAUUGUCAUUCUUGUUUUCCCUCUUAUCACCACAGUACUCUCCUAUGUCUACAUUGUCUCCACCAUUCUGCGUAUUCCCUCUACCCAGGGAAGGAAGAAGGCCUUUUCUACCUGUGCAUCUCACCUCACUGUAGUCAUCAUUUAUUACACAGCCAUGAUUUUUAUGUAUGUUCGUCCAAGAGCUAUUGCAUCAUUUAAUUCCAACAAACUAAUCUCAGCUGUGUAUGCAGUCCUCACACCUAUGCUAAAUCCAUUCAUCUACUGCCUCAGAAACCAGGAGGUCAAGAAUGCAAUCAAGAAGACCAUAGGGGUUUAA